AUGUACUUUCCUUUAAUCGCGGCCUUUUUGGUCCUGAUUGUCUCCGUAAUUGCCUAUGUCGGUGAUGAAGCCCGGAAUCUGAAUACUCCCGUCUCUCAGGGCUGGAGCCCAGAAGACGCCAAUGGAUCACCAGAAUAUCGGCCUCUAGAAAGAAGAAGCGGUGCAACCUGUGGCCCCUCCGCCAACAACGCUGUUUGUGCUUCCAACCUCUGCUGCGGACCAAAUGGAGUAUGUGGAACGGGUGCCUAUUACUGCGCUGCCCCAUCCUGUCUGUUUCAGUAUGGCCCUGCUUGCGAUGCCAACCAGACCCCUGCCGGCAUCAAUACUACCUCCGUCCCCCGACCAAAAUUAGGCAGCACUCCUUACGGUGUGAGCAUCAGGGACUGCAGUAUCCCCGGAAAGGUUGCUCUCACAUUCGAUGAUGGCCCGUACAUCUACACAUCGGCUCUACUCGACAUCCUCAAAUCCAAGGGUGUCAAAGCUACAUUCUUCCUGGUUGGGAAUAAUGGCGGCAAAGGGCAGAUCAAUGACCCCAAGACGGGAUACCCGGCUCUCAUACAGCGCAUGUACAGUGAGGGCCAUCAGAUUGGGAGUCACACUUGGAGCCACGCAGACUUGUCCACCUUGAACCGUCAACAGCGGUAUGAUCAGGUGGUCAAGAACGAGAUUGCUCUCACGGACAUUCUGGGAUUCUUCCCCACAUAUCUCCGUCCGCCAUAUGAGUCCUGCAAUGCAGAUUGUCUAAAUGACCUGCGAGAUCUUGGCUACCAUGUGGCAAAUUAUGACAUCGACACGCUUGACUGGCAAGGUGACUACGGACAUAGUCAAGGUAUCUUCUCCAGCGGCCUGAAAGCCGCCUCCGCGGGCCACGGCUUCAUCUCCCUUGCCCACGACAUCCACGACAAGACCGUCCACACCUUUGCAUCCUACAUGAUCGAUACCCUCCACGCUGCUGGCUUCACGACCGCUCUGUAUGGUGAAUGCAUGAACGACCCCCCAGAGAAUUGGUAUCGCAAUUCCAUCACGGGCCAGCCAUACAAUGGUAGCCUCUCCCAUAACAGCUCAUCUGCCUCGACUGCCAAGUCGGUGUCUGCCAGCAGCAACUCAACAACGACGAACACCAUUCAUACUUUAAGCACGUCGACAUCUUCACCUACGCCGAGCGCGGUAGACGGCGGCGAGGGGGCUUUCGGAAGUCGUACGGGCAAUGCGACCAGUGGUGGCGCUUCUGGCACAAAUAGUACAAAUGUGACGAAUAGCACCAUUGCAAAGAGCCAAUCAGCGUCGGGAGGGGCUACGAAGCUUUCCACCACAGCAGGAAAGCUUGGAGAAUUGGGCUUGACUUGGGGACUGCUUAGCUGGAUGUUUUUGACAUGGGCGUGA